AUGCCAUCUGCGCCACCGCCGCCGCCCGCGAGGCGCCACCGCCGACCGUUUGUGACGUCGUUUGUUGCGGAUGUGAUUCCUUUUUUGCCCGCGAAGGACCUAAUUGUUUGUGCGGGUGUUUGCCGAAUUUGGAGGGAGGAAGCAAACUCACUUUCACUGUGGAGAGCCCUUCUCGCUGACAACCCGGCCACUGCGAUGUAUGCUUAUAGCCGCCUUCCACUUCGUGAGAUUCAGAAAAUCCUGUUGCAGCGAACUCCUUUGCCUGUAAUAGAGACAAACUAUGUAGAAGUUAGCUCUACUUCUAAUAGAGUUGCAUUUGUUCACCGUUUAGAGCAAAGACCGGAAGCACAAUCGAGAGUGUUUAUGCACCGCGAGAGCACAAACGAGCUCAGUGGGCGAGGAUUUUCUUCUGGAUUGUCAUUUGUACGAACCGUGCAUAACGAGAUAGACGAGUCGAACAUUGACAGUGGCGCAGCUUGUUCAAACUUGAGGAGGCGGGCCGGAUCCAUGAUGAAGGAGAUGGAAUCUCUUCAGUCUUACAUGAGGUUAUUGAAGGAACAAUUUUCCGCGUCGACACAUCUUCUUGCUUCGCUCCGUCUGCAGAUGCCAAGUCGCGGUGCCGUUUUACUUCGCCGGGAGUGUUUUAGGGAUUGGAAAAGGUUAAAAACGUUUGAAGAAUUGGUUGUCAAUUCUCUCUACUCAAGUAUAGAAGGUCCGCCGCCAAGUGGAGGGGUUCGAUCCUUUGUACACGCUGAAAUGGUGGGACUUGGUGAGGUGGGCUCACCGUUUCACCUGCAUUGGUGCCGUUUUAAAAACUCGCUUCCAUUGAAUGACACUUACUACGACUAUGUGGAUUUCCUGUAUUCAUAUGGUCCUGGUACUUUAUAUCCCACAAAGAUUUCACCCCUUGAAGAGGCUGAAGUGAACCGAAAGCUUACGCGCUUUCAACGGCUCCGUGAUAUUGUCACCGACGUCAUCAAUCGAAGAAAUAGCGAAUCAAGAAACAUUUCCUGGAAUUGCCUUAUCCAGUGCUUGGAAAGGUAA